UUCCCCAGGAACGCCUUGUGGUAUCUACAUUUGGACCUUUUCUAAAGUGAACACGUUGCUUUCCCUAAUUCGGGCUAUUUUCAGAAUUGUUUUGAUUAACUCAGCACAUUCCGUUGUACCAGAUGGCACCAACUAUUGUCUCUCAGAUUGAGGACAUUGAGCAAAAGAUUGCAAGCUAUGAGGACCGUCUAGACAGCAUUGAUAGAAGUCUGCGGCUUCGGCAGAUCUCAUCCCUUGAGAGGGAUAGUCUAACUGAAGAAGAGGGUAGUAUCAAAGAACAGAUUAAAGAGCACCAAAACCAACUGAAGCAGUUGCGAGGAGAAAACAGAAAAACUAUGCUCAUAUCAAUGAUCAUGCUUGGCGUCUUUUAUCUUGUUUAUCUCCUUGUAUGGCCAAGCUAAUUUGAAGCAGGAAACCAUUUUAUAAACAUAGUUGCAGGAUGAAAAUUAUUUAUUCAAGACAUUGACAAAUGGAUUACAAUUAUAUAGAUCUUUAGUAAAAUUGUUUAGUAGCAACAGUUUGAUUUUAGUUUUUUAAACAUAUUUUGUUCUGGACUAACUGCUUGUACAAUAAGAACCUCAAAUGUAAAAUUCAUAAUAAAUAAAUAUUAUUUAAUUAAUUAAAUUUUACUGUCACUGUG